ACCCUCACAACUCCUGCGCUCCCCCAUAAAAAUUCCGUUCAUCAGUGCCGAGCGAACUAACAAAUUCUCGGCAAUGGCCAAAAGCCGUGACCGACUAUCUGAAAACUUCAUUAACAAACAUCAAACUUCGUCUGUUUUUUUUUUACACAACACACUACGACAACCCUGCUAUAGCGCGGACUCUACGGUUCUUGGUUCAAGAGACACGGCAAAAAGUUUCGGUGCCACGACGACGAUAUCUUUUCGCUGUUGUUGGUUAUUUUCGCUGUUUGGACCUUUUGGGACAAGACCUUCGGAUCUUUCAAGUUGCUAACGCUGUUAUCGCAAGCGAUUGAUAAAGAGAAGCGAUACGAUUGGGUUUCGCCAUUGUCGUCGAUUGAUUUGGAUCUUGUCGACUGUACACGAUUGAAUCCCGCCACGACGAUUGCUUUCAGAUAUCAAGAUGGAACCAUCAAGCAAGAAGCACAUGACAUCUAAUGAUGCUCCAUCCCCUGUGGGUGUGGAGGACGGUAGUGACCUUCAGCAAACUGGUCCAGCUGCGGUUGAAGCCGUUGCCGGUUCUGGGGGCCGUGCUCAAGUUCUCGACGCUGCUGCCUUGGAGGAAGUGUGGUCACCAGACCGGGAAACCCGUGUAACUGCUGGGCUGAAGAAGGUUAAUGGUGCGGCGGACACUUACUUGCGGGGCGGCGAUUGGGUCUUGAACCAAGAUGGAGGCGGCUGUACCUUGAGUUUCGUCAUUAAGAGCGGAGAUCGACUCUACGGGCUCACUGUUGGGCAUCUCGCCAAUGUGGGUGGUCCGAUCUUUGUCUUUGCGGAGGCCGACACGGAGCAGAGCCCUCUUCCAUGUGGGGAAGAGCCCGGUAGCGCUGGGUAUUCGUACCCUAUGUUUGAGGUUGGAACUGUUGUUUCAAAGUCCUUGGCAACAGAUUCUUUGAUCUUUGAGAUUGCGACUGACGAAUCUUCAAUUGUCGAAAUCGAGGAACCUCUCUUGUUGGUUCCUGAACUGAUGCUUGAAGGCCCUCUGGUCCUCCCCAAUCCAGCGGUCGCUCCCACGCGCCCCGCUGUUGGAGACACCCUCGUUGGCUUCGGAGCUCAGCGCCGUGGGGCCAUUGCGAAAGUGUCUAAUCCAAGUGAGGUGCGAAAUGGAACAUUUUCCCGAAUCGGAAACAUUGCCAUUGUGCACCCCCAAGACCCAGCCAAGGCGUUGACGGACUGUGGGGAUUGCGGUACUAUUUUUGUCGAUCUUCAUGGAACCCCACUGUACUUUCACCACUGUGCUGAUAGGACCACCCCCCGUCGUUCUUACGGCUUCCCUCUUGCAGAGGUGAUGGCUGCUCACGCCCCCUACUUCGGAGGACAAGGCCCGCAGCAGCAGCAGCUCUGCGUUGAGGAACCACCCUGUGGUCCUGAAAUCCAGGCCGCGGGAUCGGAGGUGCAGGCCACCUCGACCGAAACCCAGGCUUCUGGGUUGGCGUACUUCGAUACGCACAUUGUGCCAAAUCCUAUGCGUCCCCAGAGCAACAGCUUGGCCCACUUCAAUACCAAGGUUGUUGUGCCCACUCCCGAGCGGAAGCGAGCUCCCAAGCGCAGUCGAGCCCUGAAGAAGUAAGAAAGGGACCAAUCCCUACUGGGGAUUUGGUUCUUUCCGCUCUCACCCGGCCAGUCUCGCCUUAAGUGCCAUCUCGCCUCUAAACCAGCGGAGACGUGUUCCUGUAUGGAAACAUCUUAGUCAUGGCCGCCAUGCGUGUAAAGUGUUUCACAUGUAUUACAUAGGGGCUAAAUAAUUACUUAAGGACUACUUAGGAUGGAGGUCGUGGGGUACGGUGUUCGUCCUGGGC